AUGGCGUCCACAGUAACGAGCGGCUCGCUCGUCUACGAGCGCCGCGUCAUCGAGCGCGUCCACAAAUACCACUGGCCGGCCGUCCAGCUCAACCUCUGGAUGCUGAUCAUGUUGGUCGCUUCCUGCCUCAUCAUUGGCGUGUUUGCGACCUUUAUCCAGAUCCAGCAGGUCCUCUUGCUGCCAAUACCAUGGUACUUCCCCUACUACAUAACGGUGGCCUCCCUCAACGUCGCCUUCAUCCUCGUCCUGCUGUGGCUCAUCUUCCAGCGGCGGCUGCUCCCGUCGAUCGUCAUGAUCGGGGGCUUCAUCCUGUUUGUGCUGUGGCUGGUCGGGCUGGUCGUCGUGUCCAUCCAGCUGUGGGGGCCCGACGGCUCCGUCAGCUCCACCUGCAACCUGUUUGUGUUUGGCGCCGACCCCCAGCCGACCGGCCAGACGCUUGAGACGCUGGCCUGGCUGCAGCAGCGUGGUAUUUGCCAGAGCUGGCAGGCGGUGUUUGCGUUUGGGCUGGUGGGGCGCGAUUUUCUUGCUGUGGAUUAUGGUUAUUGGCGUAUCAGGUGUUUGGCGGAUGAUUCGUGA